AUGGAAGCCAUCGCAGGACUUAGUCUUGCUGCCAACAUCUUACAGGUUAUAGACUUCACCUCGAAAGUCUUGUCAACUGGAAACCAAAUUCGCCAGUCAGGUUCUACCGUACAGAACUUGGAUUUAGAACGGGUGGUUGAAGACUUCACGGCACUGAACGAACGCAUAACAUCAUGCGCUCGUCCUAAUCCAGCCAGCUCAGGCCCAUUGGCCCAGGACAGCCAGGCACUCGAGGAUCUGGCUGCUGAGUGCACGAAGAUUGCUCAAGAACUUAUUGCCACACUCGAGUCGUUGCAAUGUUCCAAAGACGCGGCCAGAUACAAAACGAUUCUCAGCGCUCUAAAAGCAUCUUGGAAGGCGAAAAAGAUCGAGGAUAUCAAGUCACGACUUCAGAUGAUGCGUGAUGAGCUUCAGUUUAGAAUUCUAGUGUCUAUCAGGGACGACCAAUUACAAGGUUUAGAUCAAACGAGUCGGACAGCGAUGCUGAGCAUAGUGGAGAGCAACAAACAACUCGGCACGACGAUAACUUCACAGACCGAAAAGAUCAUACAACGGCAAGAGGUCGACAGAUCGUUGGCAUCGACGCGUCACAAAGAGGUCUUACAUACCAUCGCCAAACAGCGAUUGAAAAAGUACAGCAUAAAGGAUGUCCCACGCGCAAUCACAAACAAGUUAUACUUCGCCCGGAAAGACGACAGAUACGACGAUAUCGUCACUGCGCAUCAGGACACCUUCAACUGGGCACUGGAGAGUAGAGAAUCCUCAAGCUGGCCAAGUCUCGCAGAGUGGCUUCGGCAGGAUGGUGGCGUGUAUUGGAUUAACGGGAAGGCCGGGUCCGGAAAAUCAACGUUGAUGAAGUAUCUCUAUCAAGAUCCCCGAUUUAUGGAGAUACUGAAUCUGUGGGCUCGAGGCGAUCGUCUGAUCGUUGCUGACUUCUACUUUUGGAGUUCAGGUGCUGAAAUUCAAAGGUCGCAGGAAGGCCUCCUGCGAUCACUGCUCUGGCAGGUGCUCGAUCAGGACAUAUCUCUAGCCUCUACUCUGUUUGCGGAACAAUACCUACUCAACGCUGAUUGGGACGGAUUCCCUACGUUUCACCAACUUCGCCGCGCAUUUGGAAGACUCACGAACCAUCCUUUCAAGUCCACGAAAAUCGUAAUAGUAGUCGACGGUUUAGAUGAAUUCGAUGCCCAACGAAUCACGAUGACUGAGCUUGGGGAGAUGUUAAUCUCAGCCACGAAAAGUGAUAACAUCAAAGCCCUCCUAUCGAGCAGGCCACUCACGGAAUUUACGGAUUGUUUCGCGGGUCAGCCACAACUGCAACUCCAGCAGCUCACACAUAACGAUAUCACAAAGUAUGUGGAUGAAAGCUUGUCCGUACAUCCUCAGAUGGUGUAUCUGAAAGCCACCUACGAAGACGACACCAAAGUUCUCGUGGAAGAGAUUGUCAGCUCAGCCUCUGGCGUUUUCUUAUGGGUCAAACUUGUAGUGAAGUCUCUCCUUCAGGGGCUGCGAAAUGGAGACAAGAUCGAAGAGCUUCAAUUACGGCUCCGGGCUUUACCGCAGGAUCUUGAGGCGCUUUUCACCCACAUGCUGAGUAAUGUGUCUCCCUUGUAUAAAUCGCAAGCCGCAUGCAUAUUUCAAAUCCUUCGGUGCAACGACGAAGGCUACCGACAAUGGUCUGUGUCAGAAGAUGGAACAAGGCCACUAUCCGCUGUCAGAUUGUCCUAUGCAGAAGCCAAGAUGGAGGAGAUUAUAAGUGCAGAAAUAACUCCCUUGUCGGAUGAAGAACUCAAAAACAUUGAGAUCACCACAGACCGUCGACUUAGAAGCCGUUGUGCAGGUCUCCUAGAGCUCCGGACGCGAGUCAAUUCCCUGGAAGGAUACAGAUCUCUGCCGGAAGCAAUUCAGGUAGAAACAAGGACCAGGAAGGACGUCGAGUAUCUUCACAGGACUGUUGCCGAUUUUUUACACAAAAAAGAGGUAUGGGACAAUCUGAUAAGCCACACAGAAGGACGGGUAUUUCACGCCUCUCUGGCUGUGUUGCAAUCCUUAGUCAUGGAAGUCAAAGCAGUCAAUCGAGGGUCGCAGCAACCUGGCGAUCAUAAGAUUCCCUGGGAGCUUGUCAUCGAUGCUUUGCUAUUUGCGCGACUUGCAGAGGCGAAGACCCAAACCAGCGCUCGAGAACUUCUCGACGAGCUCGACAAAGCAAUGACGACUUUAUUUCCAGACUGCGUGGGAAGAUGGAAAGGACAACAAUACAGUGGGACGACUUGGUGCGACGAUUGGGAAGAUCAUAGGAAGACUGCUCCCUGGUAUGACAACUUCAUGUCCCUAAACGUCAGAUAUGGGUUGACCUUAUACGUCCAAGACACCAUUCGCGCAAAAGGUCGCCUUUGUUUGGACAAGCGUGGUAGGCCACUGCUCGACUACGCGUGCAGACCUGAGCCACAACGCGACUACCGCUUGUCAGAAAGUGACCCCAGUCUCGUUCAGACUCUCUUGCUAAAUGGUGCUGACCCAAAUCUCGAAUUCAACGGGUUCAGUGCCUGGCAAAAUUGUCUGUAUACGCCGAACAAAAAUCCCGUCAAAUGGAUAUCUAUACUGAAACUCCUAAUCCUAUAUGGGGCGGAUACCAAAGCGCGAAUUGAGACGGAACGAUGUUUUAAAAUCCAAAAACAAUCUGCACUGGUUGUUAUCCAGGAGCACUUCGAUAAAUUCUUGGCCGGCGAUGCUGAGGCUACGGAUGAUAUGGAGAAGCGCUUCAAAUCGCGAACAGCGAGUGGGAAUGAAACAGUUUCGGCGGAAACACUGGCUCAGCUGAAACUGGAUGUCAUCGAAUUGAAAAGGAUGAUCUCCAAGGGGAACAAGGUCGCAAACAUGACUUCGAGGAUACUUGGUGAACGGGUUACGCUACGUGUAAGACGUUUGCUUGGGGGAGGCCACAAGUAA